AUGCGUACCUUUGUCCUUGCAGCGUUGGUGGCUCUGACCGCAGCCCACUCUCCUUUCGAACAUCCUGGUUGGCCGUCACAGCCUGCUUGGCCUUCACGACCUGCCUGGCCGUCGCAGGCUGCAGGGUCAUCGCAGCUCAACCCCACGGAAGCUGCUUCCCCAUCUGCUGUUCCAGACGCCACCUGCAUCUCGGCCCCAGAUGCGUCCCUGAUCGCUACCAGCUUCGGCUUGACAAUCUCCAACUACACCGAGGCUCUCGCCGUCCAGCUGUUCACCAACAACUUCACCGACCAAUCCGACAGUGUCAACACACUGAUCCACGAACCAGGCCUGCAAGCUCAAGACGCAGAGUUCCUCGCCGGUCAGGGAGCCCAACCACCUGUGCCUUUCAAAAUCUUGAAUCUCUGGAACACUUGCAACACCGUCGUUAUUCGCUGGCUAUCCGCCCAGGCACUUCCCGUUCAAGGUAUCAGUAUUGCUACCGUUGUACCUGCAAUUGAAGGACAAGGUGGCGGCUUCGGCGUUGGUGCGCAGAAAUGGCAGAUCUCUGCUAUCGUUGCUGAGUUCAACUCUGGAGCUUGGUUGGGCAAUCUUGGCUACCCGGAGUGUAAGGUUGUGGCUAAUGCUACAGCCUCCUGA